UAAAUCCGGAAGCAUAAUCCGGUUUUGCGUACUGUACCAAACGAAAAUUCACGCAAAUAUAGUUGAAGUUCGCGCAUUUAAACAAAUUCGGUCCCGGUUUAAUCCUUUAAAAGUAUCUAUCGUUCAAGAUGGCGGCCCCUAUCACCAAAAAAAAGAAGUUUGUUUCUGAUGGUGUGUUCAAAGCAGAACUGAACGAAUUUUUGAAACGGGAACUUGCUGAGGAUGGUUACAGUGGGGUUGAAGUUCGUGUUACUCCUUUGAGAACAGAAAUAAUUAUUCUCGCCACAAGAACUCAAAAUGUUUUGGGAGAAAAAGGUAGACGUAUAAGAGAGCUUACUUCAGUAGUUCAGAAGAGAUUUAACUUUCCUGAAGGAAGCGUGGAGUUAUAUGCAGAGAAAGUUGCUACACGUGGCCUGUGUGCAAUUGCUCAAUGUGAAUCGCUUAGAUAUAAACUUCUAGCUGGUGCACCCGUGAGAAAAGCUUGUUAUGGUGUUGUUCGAUUUAUCAUGGAGAGUGGAGCUAAAGGCUGUGAAGUCAUAGUUUCUGGUAAAUUAAGGGGACAACGAGCAAAAUCAAUGAAGUUUACAGAUGGUUUUAUGAUUCACAGUGGAUAUCCAAUUCAAGAAUAUAUUGAUACUGCUGUUCGUCAUGUAUAUCUUCGACAAGGUGUACUUGGAAUUAAAGUUAAAAUUAUGUUACCAUGGGAUCCAACAGGCAAAACUGGCCCCAAAAAGCCAUUGCCAGAUCAUGUAUCAAUUGUUGAACCAAAAGAAGAGGUUUUCUAUCCUCCAACAUCUGAACAAAAAGGUGGCAAAAUUGAUCUUGUUCCAUUGCAACCUGUUAUGUAACGUUUUUGUUAAGGCUGACCAUCAAGAAUAUUGAUAUAUCGAUAAUGCUAAAUAUUUGUAAACAUCUCGACAUAAUAAAAAUAUAUUGCAGCAGAA